UUUCAGAAAAAAGGAGUGUUUCUUAAUGACCAGCAGACGAAGAUGCUGUCAAGAUGAUAUUUGUGUCAGGGACCAGGAUACGUUUAGGGCUCUCUCAGUUUACCUUAGUAGUUUUGCUAUUGCCCUUUACAUGUAACGCUGUUGGAAAUCGAGAUGCAUUACAGCAGCAAUCAUCUCGCUGUGGGUUACAUGCAACUAUUGUUCGCCAAGUUGAACGGGAAGGAUUUCAUAGAGACCUCGGAUCUCUUGUUGAGCUUGUAGCACAGAACCCAUUAGAGUGGCAGAAUUGCACAAUAGCUCUUCAAGAGACAAUUCCAAGUGGGCUUUAUGUAAACCAAGAUCAGUUGAUGGAUCUGGAACGACAAGGCACAUUAACAGCAUGUCCCGAGACCUUUGUAGAUGUUGAAGCUGCACAAUGGCAAUCUGAGUCGUUUGGUGUCUUGGUUUACUCAUCCUUGGAAACUGCGCACAACCUUCUUUAUGCUCAUAUUCGUAUGCCCAUUCAUCUACGAUAUCAUGCUCCUACUGAUAAUGGAGGAUAUGCUGGAGUCUACAUUCCGCCACCAAAGCUAUUAAUACGGUGUAGCAAUGAAAUUACUUGUGGGAAUAAAGAAAACUAUUUUACUGGCUCUUGUGAUGGCUGCACAGGAAGCCACUGCUCAUGGCUGCAAAUUCCAUUUGGCACAAACACUCCAAAAGAAGGACUAAGAGUUAUGGUGCCGGUUGGAAACAAGUCCCUUCUACCAAUUGUUAAUGCUUUUACAUUUCUUGUUACUGGUGGCGGGUGUCUGUAUAUAUUAUCCAUUCUUGUGAGCACAUGGAAAUGAUGAUCUCAUAGGAUGUGCAUUUCAAUUGAGCUGAUCUCAUGUGAAUAACAGAACAAAAGUUCAAAUCUGCUCAAUGUGUGUAGCUUGGUAGACUGAUACAUUGUCAUGUAAAUCAUAGUAGUAAUAAGUUAGGUAUCUUAGAAAAUUUGACUGAAUCACUCUGCUUUUGCAGUAAAAUUAAUGCUGAAGGUGUAGAGCUCAAUUACAGAUACAAAAAACACCCCUUGUUUCAUAUCUCCAAACCUGUAACUAUGCUCUAAAUUUGGUGACAAAAAUAAUAUCUGUUAGUUUCUAAAACUAUCUUUUGGUUUAGCUGGCCCUGCCGUGCUGUUAUUGUUUGGUAUAUACAUCACAGUCAUCUCUAGUCUCUAAGAUAGGGAAUGGGGAUCUGGCUGCCAACCUUGAGGCUCUAUGAAUUAGUAAUCACAUUCUUGAAUGUAUGCGAGGGGUGGUAAUAUUUUUUUAUUGCAUAAUUUUUCUUUAAAUUGGGAACCAUUUGCAUUCUGUAUUCAAUUAUAGUGUUUAACACACUGCCAAAAAUUUUUAAAUUUGAACAUUUCUAACAUUUACAUGGCAGCAAUGCGCAGCAAUGAAAAGUUUGCUAUGUUUUGUACUCUGGUCAUAUUUUUUUCACUGACCUUUAAACUCAGCAACAUUUAAAUUUGUGACAAACUGUACAGUUAAACUAAACCAUGGAUAAUCUUGCAUUGUAAAUUCUAGAAAUUGUGAUUUAUUUUAAUAGCAAAUAUUUGUGCUAUAUUGUAAAAGAAGCUGAAGAUUAUCUUUAAAAAUGUAACACAUUCCUCAUGCUCAUGUAUCUAAAUUAACUGAUUACCCUGGGUAAUGGAUUGGCCCUGAAUGUUCAAGAACGCUCAUUGUUCAUUUAAUUUCUUCCAAUUAUUUAACAAUGGCUUUGCUUCUGUGUGAUUAAAUUAUUAGGAAUUUAGGUGUAGAUCCAUCUAGAACUGGAAAUUAAUUUGGCAGGAUUUGUCACAUCUCGUAAAAAGAAAACCGAGUCUAGACAUUUCUCUAAAGUAUAAACUUAUACCUGUGAUUGAACUGAUUUUUGUUUUUAUUGUUGUUUUUAAAUAUAAGUAUCCAAAGAUGGUUGAAAAUAA